GUGUUGGCUCCAAAUGCAAUUUUCAUGUUCUUUGAUUGAAUUUUUGUCCAAAGAAAUAAUUGCAAUGCUUUGAAACAAUGGAAAUUGAUGUAAAAUUGUCAGACUUGCAAGUUGUUCCAAACAUGUUCAAGGAUGUCAAGUAUUAUGCCACUGGAACUAUCAGCAAGGAAGUUGAGACAUUACUGAGCAAUGGAGGGGCACAGUUGGAGAGCCACAUCACCGACUUGAUGACCCAUCUUAUAGUCGGCUCCGAUCCUGAUGAGAUUGAGAUGGGAGAAGUCAAGGAAAUCUAUGAGAAGCCUGUGGUGCUGCAGUCCUGGGUGGUCUUAUCUGCCAAGUGCAAUACUCUAUUGCCGAAAGAACCCUGUCAUUCCACCCAAGAAAAGAAAGUCAACAACCACCAGACUUGGCACUGGAGCAACAUGGGCAGUGCUUCACCAGUAUGA